UGUCAGGCGCGAAUGUAAACAUUCGUUUAAACGAACAACCCAGGUGUUUCUGAUGUGUACUACAGUGGACAGUGAAGAAAUAAUCAUCCUCAGUGAUGAUGAUGAUGAUGAUGAUGAUGACAAAGACUGUGAGAAUGACUUAUCCUGCCUGAUUGUGGAGGUGGAGGAUGUGAAGAAGACUGACUGUGUGUCAGCUUCUACUGCUCUGGAUGAAGACCUGGUUGUUACCUUCUAUCGCCGUGCUGAGGUGCUGCCUCACGCACGCUUUGACUGUCCAGUACACCCUUUCACGGCUACAGACUGUCAGACGGGCACUCCAGUGGCUGAUAACCAGCGUAUUUGUGAUCAGUGCUUUUGUUACGUCUGUGAUAAGCUGGCAUCAAAGUGUGCAAUGUGGUGCCACAGUGGUGUGUGUCACUGCAACAGCCACAAGAGGAGCCCCUUCUGGAACAACCUCCGAAACGAUGCACUUCUGGGAGGACUGCAGCAUUUUAACCUCACGCUGUCAGAAGUAGACUCUCACCUCCGACAUGCAGAGGCGAUGCUGCAGACCUUCAGACAAGAGCUCUCUGCACGGUUCUCAUCCUUUGUGAAGGGGAACACGCUACAGGAAAUUGGUCUAUCCCAACUGAACGCGCACGGCCUCGUCCACAAUUACACACCUGUGUACGAGUUUGUGUCAUCGUUCCUGAACAAAGCAGACCAACAGGACAGCAGAGCUGCAGCCAUCAUGCAUCUAGGAGCUGCACAACUUUUUUUGAGACAUUACCAAAUCACAGGAGCCUUCGUCUUACAGACUCCCAUGUGUAAUGUCGCUGAAGCUAAAAUAGUGUUAAUGCAGAGGGUUAUAGCAUCAGUGCAGAGACAGAUGGUGAUGGCUGAUUACACUGCAGAGUUCCUCCGAAAACUGCAGGACUUUUACAAGAGGUUAUAUUUCCCCGCCGAGUUCAGGAACUUCAGGAACAGCCUGUGUGUUCGUCCCUGGGACGACGUGCUGCUUGUGUCUGUGCUGAAGGGACAGAAUGUGUCGGGCGUCCGUAAGGACAAAGGCAAGAAGGACAUCCUGUUUGAACAGAUUUCUGUGGUUCUACUGAGGACAGAGCUACUGCAGCGUCAGCGCAGGUACAGAGAGCUGUGUCGAUAUCUACGAGUCGUCCAGACGAAUGAUGCCAGCCUCCUCCGGCAACAACAAGACCUCAUCCCCUUCUUCAUGUGCAUGCACGGAGACUUCAUGUCGGGUCUGACCAGUUUGUUCCCUUCAGUGAACGCUCCCGCCUCCAGACUCUCUCCGCAAAGCUUCCUCUUUUAUCUCCACAUGUUUGAAACAGCGACAGCACCAAAGCUGAUAGUCAUUCAGCCGGCACAGCUCAACUGUUCUGAUGCAAAGUGGGAACCAAUUGAAGGUGCUGUGCCACUGAAGCGUGCUGAGCUGGUGAAGUUUGCUCUCAGGGUUCAGAGAUGCUGCUACGCUGUCUACACUGAUUCUCAGUGUUGGAGCGGUUUACUCAAAAUCGUCAGCACACAUCGUGGUUCACUCACUGCUUUAUCUGCACCCAGCCCUCAGUUUCUGCACGAAGCAGGACAAGCUGUGAAUUUCAUACUGCUCGAUAAGAAGAGCUCCAAUUUGCAGAUUCCACGAUUUUUCCUGGAGGUGUACCCAGAUCAGGCCUUGCUGCUGCUGGUAACGGGAGCUUUAGGUUUGAGAAUCCGUGAUGCUGCUCUGAGUCCAGUGGUGCCUGUGCUCAAAACUUUUCAGGACAAUCAGUGGGCCGUCACAUGGCUGUGUAACAGUCUGUCCUCCAGCGAAGAACGUCUCAAAGCCUUCAUUCAGGAGCUCACACAGGAGAUGGAAAGCAUAGCAGACGGGGGCAAGUUGUUUCCUUUUCUUCGCUCCAUCGUCGCCACUCUGUCUGCUGGGACCAGCAGUCCGUUGGCUGUUGAUGGGGACUCCCUCUUACAGAAUCAGCUGGCGUCCUUGGUGGCACAUCCUUCCUCGUGGCAGAACUGCGGACCUUAAACAGACUGUACCUGCCCGCACACAUCAGGUGUUUGAAGCACGACGCACAGACUUCAAGAAACCUCCUCUUUGGGAUUCAGAUAUUUCACUUUUGCUUCACUCCUUAAAGACUUGUUCAGGUUUAUUCCUCAACUGUGGGAUUUUGUUAUUUUUACUUUAAUGCUGCUUAUUUUGUCAAGAAAAACUUUAUUUACUUUUAUUCUAAAUGUUCUUAAGAAGGAACUGAUAAAUAAAGAGAAAACGUCUUUUGUCCCCACACUGCUGUGGCCAAAUUAAAGAAAAAGAAAAAGAUUUCUUGCUGAAUUAUUGCUCAGACUGCAGAACCCAAAUUUAAAAUCCAACUUUAUUUUCAGAGUAAUUAUGCGCACAGUAAAAUCGGCUCAUGGUAGCAUUAAUAAAACAGCAAACACGUGAGUCCAGUGUCAAACAGAAGGAGGUUGCUGCUCUGCCGUCAUCUCACUGCAGUCAACGGUUUAAAGGCCAAGUUACUAAACCGCUGUCGUCUAUGAUGUCACUGGAUGGAGCUCCAGUUCUGUGAUCACAGAGGAAAUGGAUGGAAAGUCGUUUUAGACUUUGUGUUGUUGAUGGCGACGUUACAGAGGAGACUGCUGCUCAACAAGGACAUGGAGAGGGCAGAAAAACUGCACUUUUUGUACCAGUGUUGAGACUCACACCAGAGUUGUUUUUCAAGGCAACUAGAGUUUGUGCAUUUUUCUCUCCAGAGGCGCUUCGUGCAGUGGGAACAUGCUCAAAGGCUCAGCUCCUGCAGGAGAAAACGGCUUAAAGGAAAUUCUGUGAACCC